AGCAACGAGUGCACUUCACUUCACUCUGCAGUCGCGCUGUCAGUAGAGUUAGAGGUAGAGCAACCAAAAGGCACCGUUAAAAGGGAGAGAGAGAGAGAGGAAAAAAAACAACAACCCACUCAACCUUCUCGUGGCCUUUACUUGGCGGCCACUUCCAUGUAAACACCAGACCGUGUUCAACUGGUUCCUCUUCUCUGGCGUUGGCCCUCAGGCAAGGGGGGCUCUCACUCCACUGCAAGACAUGCCUUCACAGCCAUAGAGGAGAGCAGACCGAGGAGUGACCUGCGGAAGAAGGGCGAAGAACGACGAGCAAGUCAGAACAACAAGUGAUCCAGUGAUUUUAGACGAAGCUACGAAGGAAGGAGCGAAGGAGGAGUGUUUUUCCCGACCCCGGCCCAAAGAUGGACUACAUCCCCAAGGUGUGGCACUCGCAGGUGGUGCCCCUGGAGCACGAGCUGGAGUGGGGGUCCGGCGCGGGCCAGCCCGAGUGCUCCAUCUGCUACAACACGUACGACAACGUCUUCAAGACGCCCAAGCAGCUGGCCUGCACGCACACCUUCUGCCUGGAGUGCCUGUCGCGCCUCAUGGCCGCCACCUCGGAGUCCGGAGACCAGGACGACGGGCGCAUCUCCUGCCCCUUCUGCCGCCACCUGACGCCCGUCCCGGAGCGCGGCCCGCCGGCGCUGACCACCAGCAUGGAGGUGCUCAGCAAGCUGCCCAGCCACCAGCAGCGCGCCGAGGCCGUGUGGCUGGAGGACGGGCGCCUGUGCUACAAGCGCCCGCUGGACUCGUCCGCGUCCCUGCCACCGACGACCGACCCGGCCUCGGGCUAUUGCAUCUGCAUCGACAUCGGCGCGGCGGGCAGCAAGGAGCAGGCGCCCGGGGCGGCGGUCCAGACGCAGACGCGGACGCGGCGCGGGGGCCUGCUGGAGCGCAUGACGGACUGGAAGCGGCUGCUGCUCUUCGUGGUGCUCAUGGUGCUGCUGGUGGUCAUCGUGCUCUGGCCGCUGCAGUGCAUCGUCACCACCGGCUCCCUGCGCUGCCAGAUGCGCUCCGCCGGACACGUCACCGCCACCACCACCACCACCACCACCACCACCACGCCCUCCUUCACCCUCUCCACCACCUCCAGCGCCUCCACCGGCUCCAUCUUCUUCUUCGACAAGUAAGGCUAUGUCAUGGACAAAGGUGCAGUUGCCAACGCAAUCACAUACACACAGACACACACACACACACACACACACAGCUCACAAACACACA